CUGGCCGCUUGAAUUUCUACUUCCCCACAGCGGAUGUAUAUAAACCAUGUUUAUUGUGUACACACUACACAGAUACGAGACUACCAGAUAUAUGUCGCUAUAACAAUCACAGAUCUGAAUAGGGUGUACGUGCUGCGGCAUUAGGCGCACCGGAAAUUGAUUCUGUAUAGAAGAUAAUAUUAGAGACAACCAUGUACCCAUUCUUAUUUCGGAAUGGAAUCGGUCGUUACAGUGUGGAAUUAUUUUUGUUAUAUCUCAGCCUUGUAUUUAAUCUCGGCACCGGUAUCAUUCGGGUUUAUAAGAAGGAUUACGGGAAAACAUUCGGAAAACCAGUCUGUACCUUAUGGAAUGAUUAUCCGGCCAUUCCUGAAGCGAAAUUUCCGGUUGAUCGCUCGGUUUACUUGAAGACAGGUGUUUUUGACGAUGCUUGCAAUCUAUCAAAAGCGCCUACAGGGGAAAAAUGGAGGAAAUCCCCUAAAAUGAUAUUGUUGAUGGAUGACUCCGACUGUGGACCAGUAAAAAACGUUCUGGGAAGUGCAAGCAGCGGGAACAAAUCAGACAGUGACGUUUUUUAUGCCAAAGUCUUGAAAGCACAAGAAUUUGAUUACGUUGCAGCCAUCGUAUAUCCGAGAUUGCCCGUUAAGCGGCAGCGGCCUUCGGUCAGUCUUUCCGACCCCGAAAAGCCAACAACGUCUACCGACAUCCGACCGUACCCCAUUCCGGUGUCAGAUAAAAUGGCAAAACUUAUAACGAUCCCCGUGCAUUUCGUUACGUAUGAGCAGGGAAUGAUUUUAAAACACUAUGCACAUCAAGGUCAGGAUUUUGCGACCGGGUUCCAUUUUAACUUAGCGAGAUUAAAAACCAAUAUACCGACCAUGAAAAAAAAUAGCUACCUGUCUGCUGAAUGGAGCGAGUUUUUUCGACGGCACCGGAAAUUAAUAUUUCUGGAGACGGCUCAAACAACAUCCGCUUACUACGGCAUCAACGUAUUGACUCCACGGCCGAAUAACGCGUGGUCGGAUGACGGUCGCGAAUCUCCGACAAUCGAACCACUACCGGCAUAUAGUACCUCGAAUCCAGGAUACACGUCACAAACGGCGAAUUCACUUACAAUUUAUUUUGCGGUGAUCCUAUCUGCUGGUCUUGUCUUCGCUUUGCUGUUCUGUGCCUGUAACAAGAUACGGCUGCGCCGACAACAACGAGCUGGUUCGCGACGAUUUUCACCAAGAACCUUUUCGAUACCACAGAAUUUAACCGGUGAAGAGACCGCGGAAGUUAUGGCGGCGCGCCGGCGUCUGUAUGGAUUAUGUAAGUUCCUUGUACAAGAGCAGGAAGCCCAAGAACGAGAACGCCAGACAGUCAACGAUAUACCACUUAGCGUCGAAGAAAUGGAACAGCUUCCUCGCGUCGAAGUCACCGAACCUACCGAUGAUGUUUGCCCGUCGUGCCAACAGACUUUUAUUGAGGGCGAUCUUAAGAUUGUCUUAUCCUGCGCGCACGAUGGACAUGAAGCUUGCCUGACAAUAUGGCUGACGAUGUUUUCUCGGAACUGUUCCGUAUGCCAACAGCCUGCCUUUGCGGAUGGAACUGCUGAAUCGACAACAAAUUCCAGUAUAGUACUGACUGCGGAUACGUGCUCGCAGGGAACUGAAUGACCCUUGUGCGCGGUCUCGAAACCUGCACGGCACAUUACCGAAUACCCUGUAGCGAAUUUUUGCGUGAAAAUGGCGGUGACUGCCCUUUUUUUAUCAUGCAGUGCUUUUUGUUUAUGCUGUAUCUGUAUAGUUUACAGUUAAAGCUUUUGACCCCGGUCACGACCGACAGCGGCCACUUGAGCAUGUCUCCGGUCACCUAGGUUAUAACCUGGGUGACCGGGGAGCCUCGUAUCGUAAUUACGAUACGAGUCUCCCCGGACAUUCUUUUUUAAUGAAACUCAAUCGACACAAGGAAUAUACAGUAAUCAGCAAACGAGACAACAAGUCGAUGUACGCAGUUGCUGUGCACAUUAAUUGGUCUAAAGUUUAAACACAGCUCAUCCACAUGAGCCGAUGAUAUUGAAUUAAGUCAGGAGAAAAAUUCCAGAAACAUCGUAGUGGAAAUCAAAGCUAGACAGAAAUUAAACACCAAAGUACCAGCGUGUCCAGGAUAUCCGAGAUCGUUCAGACGUCUAGGAGGAAGCUUUUGCAACCACUGGGCACCUAUUCAAAUGGCCACGCCCCGUGACAGGCACGUGAGUGUAACGCCACUACAACCGCAAUAAACAGCAGCCGUCAUAAACAGCUUGGAAGCCGACAAAGAAAUUACUUAUGAGAAGCUGGCUAAAGUCACGCAAAAUCGAAGCCAUUAGCAGCAGGAUCCAUCAGCAGGUUAUUGGCACCCCGUAGUAAUCGGACAAAUAUAGGCUUGAAAUAAACGGAUCAAAGGUGUGUUUUAUGACCGAUCGAUGGCAAACAGCUGCAUUUCCUGCAUCGUUCCCGAUUCAUCUGGUUAUGGGGGACGCCUCGAUUGCGGUGGUGUGCUUUUGAGUGCUUUUUAGCCGACGCAAAGCAAACUGCAACGGUCUAUGUACGAGAAAACAUGCAUUUCAUAUGACGUAACAUCGAUAGAAUAUGGAGCACAGUAUCUAUUGCGCUGUAAUUCCGAUAAUUGUAACUAACUUCAGUACACCUGCAGAAUCGCUUCGUGCUUACGGUAUCUACGGCACAUUUUGCAGUCAGUACAGUACAAUAUACUUUAACAAAAAUCCGAGCACUGUACGUUGAAACACAAACUUCCCGCGUUCCUUUUUUCCUCCCACUGACGGAGAAUUUGCCAUCAGCUAAAAGUAUUUGCCAACGCAAUCGCUCCUUCGAUUGGUGCUUACGGUGACACCCGUCAAAGUAUUACACACUUUGCAUAUCAUACCAGCGAUACUGAUUGGAUGCUGUUGUACGCUUGUAUGGAACAAAUGCAGAGACGCUAACCACUUCUGCCCAAACUGCCAUCACUACAUCGGAAGAUACAAGCGACUGUGCUAACGACAAAUUACAAAUACAGUCAUGACAUUGACAAAAUCGGCCAAAAUCCAGCGACGAAGUUCAAAGUACUGACCAUCGACCACCAGAUUCAAAGUACCGGACACCAGAUUCAAAGUACUGGCCAUCGACCACCGCAUAAUCAACCAUGCAGCGAAGACAAGGGAUUUAAUAAAUUCAUCUUUCACGCUACGUUUUCGUUCGCUAUGCUACCAAAAAAUUGGUCAUGUAUAAUAUUAUUAAUAAUAUAAGUUUACUGUAAGAUAAAAAAAAGUGCCAGUAGAAUCGGCUUUUUUUUGUACCACAUUGUAUUGCAUUUGUUUGCGUUCGAUUGCUUGUAUUGCCUUCGCUCGGAUUAUUCUUAUAUUGUAGCAUGUGUGCAACUGAUUAAAA